AUAUAACACAAGUUGUGUUAAAAUGUGUUGUUUCAAUAAUAACACAGAGAUGGGUGGAUUCUGGGACAACAGUUUGUAAAUCUUUAAAGUGUACUAUAAAGUUGAAAGUUACCCUGAAUUCACCAAUAUGUUUUUUAUAGUGACAAUGAGGCGCUGGAUUGUACUGCUGUUGCUGGCAAACCUUGUUGAUUUAUCCACAACACAAUCGACCAACUCUCUGACCUGGCUAAACUAUCUGCGCAACCGAGCCUACAGUCACGGUUAUGGCCGUAGUCACAGAAACAGUCACGCAUCUGUAAAUACGGAGGAUGUCUCUUCUCCUCUCGAGUGUCCUCUGGAGUGUGACUGCCCUUCGGCCUAUCGUUACGCCAUGUACUGCAACAGCCGCAACCUACAGCACGUGCCAUUCGUACCGUCUCACAUUAAAUAUGUCUACCUGCAAAACAACCAAAUCACGGGCAUCACAAACGGAGUCUUCGACAAUGCCCCGAAUUUAUCUUGGAUCAGCCUCCAUUCAAAUAAACUGAGCUCCGACAAGAUCAGCGAUAAAAUCUUUGCCAAACUGCCAAACCUGCAGCGUCUCUUUCUACACAACAACAACCUCAGUCGCUUUCCAAAAGGUUUACCUCGCUCCCUGCGUGAUUUACACUUAAAUCACAACAAUAUCUCUGCGGUCCCAGCUGACGCUUUCGAAGGAAUGAGCAACCUGACGACCCUGCAUCUUCAAGUCAAUGCCAUUGAAGACCUCGGCAGCACUCUUGAAGGUCUACCGUCCUUGACACUUUUAGACUUGCGAGGGAACCGACUGAGGAAGAUUCCAGAACGUCUGCCGGGAAAGCUAAGCCAACUUUAUCUCGAAUACAACCGUAUAUCCAGCGUCCCUGCUGACUUUCUGAAAGAUCGACCUGAGCUGCGCUUUGUGCGACUGUCUCACAACCAGAUCACAAACAGUGGAAUCCCAGCCAAUGUUUUCAAUGUCAGCACACUUAUGGAACUCGAUCUGUCCUUCAACAAGCUGGAGAAAAUUCCCACCAUCAGCACCAGUCUGGAAAAUCUCUAUCUACAGGCCAACAAGAUCAAAGAGUUUACGUUAAGCAGUUUCUGCAGUGUCGUGGACACAAACAAUUACUCAAAUCUGCGUGUGCUGCGGAUGGAUGCCAACCAAAUCAGAUCUCAGGAUAUCCCUUCUGAAGCUGUACUGUGUCUGCGUCUGGCAACCAACAUUGAUGUGUAGGCGAUUGAUGUGAAUCGCAUCUCACAAUAUAAAAAAGGCGUUCUAAGUUGGGAUGCGCCGAUACAACGGUUCUGUGAUACUGAUAUUCGAUUAUUUAGAAUGACAUCUGCUGUUACAGAUUGAUGACGAGCUUUGUUUUUUACUCCUUUUUUCAAAUUAUUUUGUCAUGAAAUCCAAGAAGUACAGAACGUACAAACUGCAAUUCUGUCGUCCUUGAGGCCCAAUUCAUGAUCAUUACACAGCAUGAGUUCUGGUGUGUUUGUCUGCCCCUAGUCAAUCUGCACUGAUCAUUAGCCGUUUUGAACAAUCGGCCAAUCCGAUAGUACGAAAAAUGCUUUUAUUUGCCGAUAAGGAGUAUAGGCCGAUAUAUCGGUGCAUCCCUAAUUCUAACCAUUUAAAGGGACAUUUUCAUAAAUCACUAUAAUGUGAUCUGUAUUGUUUCUUCUGGAAUACUAAUAAACACAUUAGGGCAAACAGUAUUAACAUAUAUCUAUCUUGGGGAUACCAGUUAUAAAUGCAUGGGAUAUAUGAGAUCCUGUCUUUAAAACCCAGACUAUGUGAUUUGAAGCAUCAAAGUUCAAAGUCAUUGAUUUUACAUUGAUUUCAAUCUUUGACAGGACCUUACUCAGUCAAUAUUAAAGAUAUCAAGAUUGUAUAUUCAUAGAUUGUUCUUUACCUAUUUAGGAUGAUUUUAUGUUGAAUCACAAGAAAUGACUGUAGCUGGGUUUUCACAGACAGGCUCAAAUAUAUUAUGAAUAUAUAUAAAAAUAUUAAAUACAAGUGUGGUGGGCAUGUAGUAAAAAUAAUUAUUUAGCUGCAUGAGAAGACAUUGUAUGCCAAGCAAUACAUGGCAUUUCAUUUUUUUUUAUUGAAGAUGAACUUUUGUUCUGAACAAUAUCUCUGAUGUUAUGGUGUAGUCAUUGUGUUUACAGAUCAUUGUUUCAGUAGAUUCUAUCUCUGUAACUGUAAAAUAUAUAAUUAUGAAUAAUGAUGUAUCUUUAUCAUUUUAGUAAACGUAUUGGUCAAAUAAUAGUGUAGGUUGGGAAACUUUGGGUUGUGUAAGAUUUUCCAAAAUGAGAUCACAUUUUAAACAUACUUUUUAUUAGUAUGUUUUUUUUUGGUGGUUUUCAAGAUCUAGAACUUUCAAGAACUUAUAGUUCAAUGUUUAUUUAUUGCAAUGAAACAUUCAAUAAAUAAAUAAGGAAAUGCUUUUGAAGCAUAGAGAUAACAUUGUAUGUCUUUUGUCACUAAAUCCCAAUAAUAUAUGUUUAUGUGAAUAAAUUGUGGCCUUCUGAAUUUGAGACUUCUAUAUAUGAACUUUAUUGUAUAUCUCUGCAGAAUACGG